GCUCGUUGCCAACCUCUCAAGACCUUAGUUUCCAUACCUGCCUGCUUGAGUUCGAUUCUGUCUGCCGCUACUUUGUACUGUUGCCUGCCUCUGCUUUUGGGUCUUGAGUCUCUCAGAACAUGUUAGAUUCUAAGCUUGGUAACUCAUUUAUUUUAGCGCACAAAAACAUUAAUCCCUCAUGACCCGGGAAAUACUAUUGUUCUAAGCAGGAAAUGCUUAGAGUGGGGCCCCUAGAUGACACUUCUAGAGACUCAGAUGGAGGAGCGAGGUGACGACAGAAUGACAAUAUGGCAGAGCUGCCCUCCUCUCCUCCUCAUCACGCUGCCACUCCUGCGGCAUUGCUGUCUGCUUGAAGGGGGACACUGGCCUGCUCCUCACCCACUGAUUCUGCAUGACUGUCACAAAGAUGUCUGGAUUUCCAUGGCUGUCACCAUGGUAACACAGUGGGUAUGCCUGUCUGUCUUCGAAGGAGCAGUCCAACAGAAGAGCUCGACGUUUGGCUGGUGGGGAACAAAAAGCCAGAGAUUUAAGAAGCGGAAGAGACCCAGACGUAUUGUUUUCUCACGAGUUGUCUGACCAAAUCAGGGAUGAACCACCAUUGGACUCACAUUUGACUGAUGUCAUGGCGUCCGACCUACCGCAGCUCCAAGUUUCGAAAUGUCUACGGAAAAGUAGCCAACCGGGAGCACUGCUUCGACGGCGUCCCCAUCACCAAGAACGUCCAUGACAACCACUUCUGUGCCGUCAACUCCAAGUUCCUCGCAGUCGUCACUGAGAGUGCCGGCGGGGGCUCUUUCAUUGUUAUACCUGUAUCCCAGUCUGGCCGCCUGGACUCUCAUUACCCGAAAGUGUGUGGCCACCAAGGCAAUGUGCUGGACAUCAAGUGGAAUCCCUUCUUUGAAAACAUCAUUGCAUCCUGCUCUGAGGACACCUCGGUGCGAGUAUGGGAGAUCCCAGAGGGCGGUCUGAGGCGCAACAUGACGGAGGCGGUACUGGAGCUGUACGGUCACAGCAGACGGGUGGGCCUGAUCGAGUGGCAUCCCACCAGCAGCGGCAUCCUCUUCAGUGCUGGCUACGACUAUAAGAUCCUGAUCUGGAACCUGGAGACCGGAGAGCCGGUGAAGAUGAUCGACUGUCACACUGACGUCAUCCUCAGCAUGUCCUUCAACACCGACGGCAGCCUGCUGGCCACCAGCUGCAAAGACAAGAAGCUGCGAGUCAUCGAGCCACGCUCUGGGAGAGUCCUUCAGCAAACCAGUUGUAAGAACCACCGUGUAAACCGAGUGGUGUUCCUUGGCAACAUGAAGCGGCUGCUCACCACAGGGGUUUCUCGCUGGAACACCCGGCAGAUCGCUCUCUGGGAUCAGGAGGAUUUGUCCAUGCCAAUUGUGGAAGAGGACAUAGACGGCCUCUCAGGACUGUUGUUUCCCUUCUAUGAUGCUGACACACACAUGUUGUACCUGGCAGGCAAGGGGGACGGCAACAUCCGUUACUUUGAGAUUACCACGGAAAAGCCGUACAUCCAAUACCUAAUGGAAUUCCGGUCCCCGGCCCCUCAGAAAGGACUAGGUGUGAUGCCAAAGCAUGGGCUGGACGUGGCAGCCUGCGAGGUGUACCGCUUCUACAAGCUAGUCACCCUGAAGGGUUUGAUUGAGCCCAUUUCAAUGAUUGUGCCAAGGAGGUCAGACACAUACCAGGAGGACAUCUACCCCAUGACAGCAGGAACAGAACCUGCGCUGUCCGCCAGCGAAUGGCUGAGCGGCAUUGAUAGAGACCCAGUCUUGAUGUCCCUGAAGGACGGUUACCGACGGCCCAACCAGUUAGUGUUCAAGGCCCCAGUGAAGGAAAAGAAGAGUGUGGUGGUGAAUGGGAUCGACCUGCUUGAGAACGUACCACCCAGGACAGAGAACGAGCUCCUGCGGAUGUUCUUCCGGCAGCAGGAUGAGCUCCGGCGGCUGAAGGAGGAGCUGACCACAAAGGAUGUGCGAAUACGCCAACUGGAGCUGGAGCUCAACAACCUGAAGAACGUUAGCCCCAACAACGUCUGACCUCUUAGCCUCCUGGACUGGCAAAGCUGCUUCCUUUGCCCCCAGUUCUGACCUCCAACAAGCUUCUGAGCCCUCGCCCUCCGCUUUUUUGAUAUAUCAUGUUAUAUCAUAACUUCAUUCCUACUGCCCCGCAUAGUGCACACAAUAAUAUGAUAACUGUUGGAUAAUGUCUUAGCUGGUGCAAUUACUGGAAUAUUGUAAUAAUGACAAAUAUGAUACGUAAAGGGAGGCAAGGCAGUGUUCAUGGAUCGCCAGUUUAACAUGAAAUCAAUGAUAGGGAAAGUUUGAGAUCCAGUCAGUUUUGGUAUUGUCUGUUUUUACAAAUGAAUAUUCUUGAUCUAUCAUAGUCUCAAGUGUUUUGUUCAGUUAUUGCAUAUUUUCGGCCAGACCGCCUAGUUUUUUUUGUCUCACUAUGCCUUUUUGUUGAGGCAAAACUGAAAUAUAUUAAGACUGUCACUGGCUCCUAUUUUUUCUUCCCCAAGGCCUUAGACCCUGCUGCAGACACAGUUUGGAGCGAGCUGCAACAUCAUCUCAAAAUGGCUGACAUGAAGUAGUUUUGCACCAAACAGACAAAAAGAGCAUUUCGAGACAUGGAUCGUGUUUUCCACAGAGCUGCUUUAUCACGUUACUUCUUUUCUCAUCUACAAACGUUGGCUAUAUAUUUACUUCACAACACUGACACAUAGAGUAGCUACCCAAAUGCCGUAUUAUCCCAAGGAGUGGACACUUCAUUCACUUAAAGAAUUUUUAUUCUUUAUUUAGACAGUGGGAAAAGCAGCUGGGGAGACAUGUUCCAGAGGUGGUGGACUUGCGUAACUACUCAAAUAUAGUCUCAAGGGAAGCUUUGCAGGUUUUUUUUGUUUUGUUUUGUUUUUAGGGCUAAUUUUGAGGAUGGGCGAUAAUGUAUAUAUUGGCUUUUAUUUAUUUGUCACAUUGUACCUCUUUAGCUAAUAACAUGUAUAAAUUGUUUAAUCCCAUUUGUCUUUGUAUGAUGUGGCUGCGCAAGUAUUGAUUGUGAUGCUUGACAGAUUUUGCUGAAUGUCUCCAGUUGAAAUGGUGCAAGAUUUGUGUGAAACUGCACCGUAAAUGGUAUUAGUUUAACUCCAACAACGUAACUUGAGAUAAGGUGUGAAUAUAUAUUCUUGCCUGUUCAUAACAGUUUAGAAAACUGUAAUAAUAACCAUCCUUUUACUUUUAAUCUAAGUAUAUUACUAUUACUGAGACGUGUUUACCGUAGAUGUGUAUUUUGCUCCAGACUCAAGGUCAUUUGUCUCUCCUCUUCCACGUAUAUCAUCAAUACACUUAGGCUAGAUUGGAUUCAAAUGCUUGUACCAUCAAACAGGUUUUUUUUUCCUACACUCUGAAAUUGAAGAGAAUUGGGUACUGGAUUAACAUUUGAUUGGCUCUAUUAUACCGGCCAGGUUCAAGCAGUUACCAAAAAGAUUCUGCUAAACAGGCCGCGUGUUUUGUAAUCCAAGCCCAGUCACGUCCCGCGGGGUGUUAUUACUUACUCUGCUCUUGGUGGACUAAGACAAGUAAAAAUAUGAAUCCACUGCAUGGAAUUUUUACCCUGAGUAAGUAAAAAUUAAGUUGAGGACUGAAGGUCACAAGUCUUCCUGAUAGCAUAACGGCAGGUGCACAAAAGGGUCUAAAGCUUUAUAGCUUCAGUUAAAACCAUCAGGAAAAAAAACCAAAUGAACCCUUUAAAAGGUAUAGACAUUAAUGGUAAAUGUAUGUUUCUUCCAGGAAAAAUAAAAAGGCUACAGUGAAAGUGGACAGUGUGGGAAAAGGAUCUACCUGAGACUGACGAGCUACAUUCAGAGAUGGGCGAAGCCGCAGCGGGAGUUUUCAUUUUAGGGCCUCUCGUGUAGUUGUA